UUUUCAAAUAAAUUCACUUGCGUGCAGGAAACUCCAACUAGAUUUGUAUUUAGACCAUUUCGUGUUCACCAAACAUAAUAUAUAUAACAUACUCAUUGUGCACCUUUCCCUCCACCAUUUACUACUACAGCUACACUUAGACUUCUGCUUCGCUUAACCAAACUCAAUUGAGCCCAUACCAGCUUCCAUGGGAUCUACAGAUAAGCCGGCUGACCUGGAAACUGCCAAGGAAGUCCCGCCACCACCAAAAGGGGCGGCCUACGGGUCUACACCUCCUCCCCCUAAACGCGAUUACUUCUUUGUAGUUGAUGUGGUUCUCAGGUUCCUAGUGUUUGCAGCAUCACUUACAAGUGUGUUGGUCAUUGUCAUUAGCAAGCAAACAGUUCACCUAGGUCCUAGAAUAUCUGUGGCCAAGUUUAAUCACUCUCCGGCCUUCAUAUACUUUGUGGCGGCACUAUCAGUUGCAGGCCUCUACGCCAUUAUUACCACGCUAGCAUCCCUUUCAGUCAUCUGGAAGCCAAUCCUCUCAACAAAGUUCUUGCUUCAUUUUGUAUUUUUGGAUGUGCUAGUAUUGGGUCUGGUAGCCUCGGCCACUGGCACAGCCGGAGGUGUUGCAUACAUCGGAUACAAGGGCAAUAAACAUACGCAGUGGCUGAAAGUGUGCUCUACUUUUGAUAAGUUCUGUCAACACGUUGUAGGCGCUCUGGCUACCUCAUUGUUUGCCUCAGUUUUGCUUGUCCUUCUUGUCUGGCUCUCCACUUUCACUCUCCACCGAAAAAUUCCCAAAUAGAGUUUGUGCAGAUGGCCUUACAUAUAUUAGAAUCCUACCCACAUCCCAUCAGAUAUUUUGUGUGUAUGUUUUGUGUGUUUCAUAUUGAAUCUUAGCGUUUGUGGAUUUGUGUAAUUUAUAGGUUCGUUUCUUGUGUAAAUGUUUUCUAUUUGUACAGUAUAUCUAUCUCGUCUCUGAUGUGUCUUGUAUGAUAUGUAAGCCCAAUGGAUGAAUCUUAGUGUGUGGAUUUCUGUACAUUUGCAGGUCGUUUUGAAUUUUAACUGUCGUCUACUUGUAGUUUUGUACGGUAUUGAUUCGUCUUGAAUCAUUUGUAAGUCAGGACUCAUGUCUGGUCAUGGGUUUUCUAAGUGCAAUUGAAUGAGAAUUAGUUGCUGUUGCAAUUGCAAA